GCGUGCGUGCGUGUGUAUGUGUUUUCUGCAGGCUGACGGACUCUUCCAUUGCUGGCGCUUCAGUACCUGGGUGCAUUUGCAAUGGGAUGAUCAGCUUGGUUUGCCGAGCAUUUACUUCUAAUCUCCAGCUUGUGACAUCCUAGCGGCAAAGGCGACCCUUUCAGGGACAGCUCCAGAAGGACUGCAAAGAGGGACAGUGACUGGUGACUGGUUGGUGAUUCUGGGAUGAAUUAUUUCUUAGUUCUGAUCAUGACCUUCAUCAGCUCAAUGAAUCUGAAAAACAAGCAACCUGCCAAGUCCUCUUAGCUCUAGGUUGAACAAACUUGCUGAUCCUUCACUUAUCUCUUGCCAACGACCUACCUACACAUUCCCUCCUCCUGAAGAAAGCGAGUCAAAAAUUAGAGCUGAAACGUGAAACUUUAUGAAAAGCCCUGUCAGAAGCUCUUCUUUCAAGAUUUACUCUUUUUUAAGCCACGUGAACUUUGCAUCAAGUCCGUUUUCUAAAGGAGAGACAAGAUAUGUUUGUGUAGCUGAUACCAGAAAUUGCACACACAAAUAAACAAUAUAUAUAUUGAGUAAAAAUCUACGCUUAUAAUGGAUGAUAGGUAUAGAAACAAUGCAAACCUGUAUCAAGGGGCUAAGGAUAUAGCACGAGAGAUGAACCAAGUGUCAGAUGACUACAGGUAUCAGGAUAGUAGCUAUGAAGGGUAUGCACCCAGUGAUGGCUAUUACCACGGUGGCAAUGAGCCAGCUCAAGAAGAAGAUGCCCAGAGUGAUGCCACAGAAGGGCAUGAUGAAGAUGACGAAGUCUAUGAAGGAGAAUAUCAGGGCAUCCCUCACCCAGAUGACGUUAAAGGCAAGCAUAAGAAGAAAGCCCCUGGUGUGGCUGAUGACUAUAGAGACCAUGCGGACCUCAUAACACAGAGGAUGGAGGAUGAGGAGCAGCUUGCCCACCAAUAUGAGAACAUCAUUGAAGAGUGUGGCCACGGGCGCUUCCAGUGGACACUCUUCUUUGUUCUCGGCUUGGCCCUGAUGGCAGAUGGAAUCGAGGUGUUUGUGGUUGGGUUUGUGCUACCCAGCGCCGAGAAGGAUAUGUGCUUGUCCAGGUCAAACAAAGGGAUGCUCGGCCUGAUAGUCUACCUGGGCAUGAUGGUGGGGGCUGUCAUGUGGGGUGGCCUGGCAGACAAACUGGGAAGAAGGAAAUGCCUCAUCAUAUCGCUUGCGAUCAACGCUGCCUUUGUUUUUCUCUCCUCCUUCACCCAAGGAUAUGGAUUCUUCCUUUUCUGCCGCCUUAUCUCUGGCUUCGGUAUUGGGGGAUCCCUCCCUAUUGUGUUUGCCUAUUUCUCUGAAUUCCUUUCUCGUGAGAAGAGAGGAGAACACCUGAGCUGGCUCUGCAUGUUCUGGAUGGUUGGUGGCAUUUAUGCCUCAGCAAUGGCUUGGAGCAUCAUUCCACACUACGGUUGGGGUUUCGGUAUGGGGACCAAGUACCAGUUCCACAGCUGGAGGGUUUUUGUACUGGUCUGUGUUCUGCCCUGUAUCUCUUCACUGAUAGCAUUAAAAUUCAUGCCCGAAAGCCCACGUUUUUUGCUGGAGACAGGUAAACAUGAUGAAGCCUGGAUGAUUCUCAAGCAAGUUCAUGACACCAACAUGCGAGCCAAGGGGGAGCCGGAGAGAGUGUUCACAGUUGCCCACAUCAAAACUCCAAAGCAAAUAGAUGAGUUUAUUGAAAUCCAGAGCUCCACAGGGACGUGGUACCAGCGCUGGCUGGUCAGAUUCACAACUACAUUCAAACAGGUCUGGGAUAAUGUGCUAUGUUGCUUGACAGCCAAAUACAAGAUGAACACCCUGAUUCUGGGUGUGGUUUGGUUUACAAUGGCCUUGAGCUACUAUGGCCUUAUUGUUUGGUUCCCUGACAUGAUUCGAUAUUUCCAAGAUGAGGCGUAUAAAUCCCGACGGCAAAACUUCACUAACGACAAGAUAUCAAACGCCACCUUCAACUUCACACUGGAAAACCAGAUCCAUACAAAUGUGGAAUAUAUUAAUGACACGUUCAUGAAGAUAAAAUUAAAACAUGUUACAUUUGAGGACACCCUGUUUAAGAAUUGCUAUUUUAUUGAUGUGACUUCCAGCGAGACCUAUUUCAACACCUGCACUUUUGAAUACACGAUCUUCAAUAACACUGAUCUCUACAAACACAAAUUCAUUGACUGCAAGUUCCUGAACAGCAGCGAGCCGGAGGAGAAGGAGGGAUGUCACCUGGACUUCGAGGAGGACAACGAUUUCCUGAUUUAUCUUGUCAGCUUCCUGGGCAGUCUGUCUGUGUUGCCGGGCAACAUUGUCUCAGCGCUGCUCAUGGACAAGAUAGGAAGGAUAAGGAUGAUUGGUGGCUCAAUGCUGAUAUCUGCCGUAUGCUGCUUCUUCCUGUUUUUUGGCAACAGCGAUUCGGCAAUGAUCGGCUGGCAGUGCCUAUUCUGUGGGGCGAGCAUUGCAGCCUGGAACGCUCUGGACGUCAUCACAGUUGAGCUGUAUCCCACUGACAAAAGAGCAACAGCGUUUGGCAUCCUCAAUGGUCUCUGCAAGUUUGGUGCCAUCCUGGGGAACUCUAUCUUUGCCUCCUUUGUCGGGAUAACCGAAGUAGUUCCCAUUCUUCUGGCCUCCUCUGCUCUGGUGGGAGGGGGCCUGGUAGCCCUGCGGUUACCAGAGACUCGAGAACAGGUCCUGAUGUGAUCAACCGGGCCACAGGGGGAAUAAAGAAGACAAAGAACAACAACAAAAAGAGCCAUGUCUAAAAAAAAAUCAAAAUGUCCACUUAAACUUUUCUGCUGAUACCUCAGAUAUAGGAGGUGGGGUGAAGGAAGAAAGUUUAACCCCUAGAUUAGGACCUCUUCCCAACCAUUGCUGACCCUUUGCAGCCAAGGCAAAACACAUAGAGCUUUGCUCAUUGCUGUAGAUCUUGUCCAUACUGGGGAGAGAUGAGGAUCUGUCCAGCCCCGCUUCCUUAUGGAUGAGUGUAAAUGACUCAAGCCAUUAGCAGCGACUUUGCGUGUGUGUGUGCACGCAUGCGCGUGCAUCCCAGGGGGAGAACAGACUCAACACCCCUAUGCCUUUGAUGAGCUGCAAGACCUGCAUGUCUAAGCUGCUCCUGGCGAUUAGCACCAAUGUGCUCACUCACGAAAGGCAUCACAACAGGACGGCAGUUUGCAAACUGACUGCAGGUCUGUCACAUCCAGCACUGGGACUAGGGAUUUUGGAUGUCUUGAUUUUUGGAUCCCAACUUGUGGCACCUUAAAGGGGCCUGAUUUUCACAUGGCAAGUGCUCAGAGCUUUCCAAAAAGGCUAGUGCCGUGAUAUUGUCUCUAGUUGAGAACCUGGAUUCACAAACCACCUUCUUAGCUUAGGCCAUUUCUUAAUUUAAAACAUCUGCAGUUUUGAUUUCUAAGCUCUGUAUCACUUGCAUCUGAAAAUAAAACCUAAAAUCAGUGCUGCUAAUCCUAAAUGUCUAGAGCAGUCCCAGCUGGAACACAUCAUUAUUUAUAUCCGGCCAACAAACCUUGAAUUGUGUUGAUUUGGGGAUAUUUCUAUGAUAUUUCCUAUUUAGCUUUCUUUCUGAAGAGAAAUUUGGCAUGAUGUUGGGAAUGCCACAAACCAAAUGUGUACAUAUAACACAGUGUAAAUAGGGAACAUUUUUUUUUUUUGUUUAAUGUUUAGAAUAUGGUAACUGCAAGAACUUACCAGCAUUUUAGCCAUAUUAGUUAAGGAAAAUGAUGUCUGAGUUUCCUAUAUAUUUGGGUCUUAUAAGUAUAGUUACUUAUAGCCAUUUAAUCUGUUAUCCAGAGAAUGCACUCAGCAACUUUCAUUGUACAGUACAUUUAUUCUGUUAAGUGGGAAAGUUAAGUUUGAUAUCCUGUAAUGAUCAUUCUCAAAAUACACGUGCUCUUCAUACUGUGACUUAGAUGUUGCCACACAACUAGUUACACAGUAAUUUAUCCUCGUGGCAUAUUUGCAUAUAUUUUGGGAAAGCAAGAAUGAAAUGCAGAAAAAUAAAUAAAGCAUCCCUGCUCAUGGCAGUAUAGAUCAUGCCAAUUGGGCCCUUUCGCAGGCACCGAGACUGACUGGGCACUACUGGGAACCAUUGUGUUACAGAGAGAAUUUGAAUCACUAAGGCAUUUUGUGACAUGAAAAGUUGAGUUGUACUUUUACAGAGGAAGCCUGGACAGCUUUAUCACCAUGCGAGGUAAAAUGAAGAUUCUUCUUUGGGCUUUCAUAAAGCACCAGUUCACAUUGAAUUGAUAGGUGAUGAGACUAUCAGAGAUUUCCCCUUACCUGCUAGAAGGGGAAGUGCAGCAGUUAAACACACAAUUAUUGCUCAAUCACCAUAACAUAACGUAUCUUCCUGAUUAAAAGCUAGAAAUAAUAUGCUUGAAUGGGGGGAACCAGCCCCCAGGAGCUCCCCGACUGUUUGGGUUCUAGGAUUUAUGGGUCACUUGCUCCUUCCUUUUCCUUUUCACCAGCAGAGCCACUAUGUUUUACUGCUUUGACUACUUCCACCAUGACCUCCAAGAACUGACUGGGCCUUUCCCUUGAGUCCCUUAUUUUCAGAAAAGGAACAGGGCUUGCCUGGGACCCUCACAUAGGAAGUUCAGGUUUAACCCCCAUAUCUGCUUUCAGCUUCACAGAGGGAAUCAUUCUGUAAUGCAUCUUGUACUAUCCCGUGAAAAGUCUAGGAUUCACUCUUCGCACCAUUUUGUGCAGAGUAUGUGUAGAUCAUGGGGAGCAAAUGUUUCUAUGACUUCUUGCUAAUGGCACUAAGCCCCCAGUGAACACCACUGGUUUGGGAUCAUUGCAAGCAGGAUAUAUAAUCAUGGCCUUGCCAGGUUACACGUAGCUAUACUUCCCCCCCGCCCCACACUUUUUUUUUUUUUGUGUCUGAAAACUAUUGUUAUAAUCCUGGGCUUCCUACAUCUCAUCUUUUCUUCAGCUCAGGACCUAUAGGUUUCAUUUUCUUCAAACAUACACAUAUUGCGUCUGGAAAGGGGAGACUUGUACUUUUAUGUCCUUUUGAAUUUGGAAGUAGCAGAUAGGUUCUGCCUUAACCCCUUCACUGCUGCUGUUUCCCAAGAUGCGUUUAUCUUUAAAAAUAUCCAAACCUUUCCCACUAUUAGAGGUACGUAUCUACUUCAUCACUGAAAAGAUGAUCCUGGUCAUCUUUGUGAUGCCAGUGCUCGCUAGGGUACUCACUCUGUUUAUCCCAUUGUAAUCGAGGAAGAUAUUUAUUUUAUUUGCUAGACUGCUGCACAACUCUAUGAUGCCACAGCUCCUUCCUAUUUAUUUUAUUAGCAAUUUUCAGUUAAGAAAUAUAGCAUAUUGACAUUCAAAAGCAACAAGCUGACUUAUUUGUGUUUCCUGUUGACCUGGAAAAAUGACUUUAGCUGUAUUAGUUAUGUUGAAAACCCCAUCAAUUAAUUUUUGGAGGAGGAGGAAACAUGCUCAGGAAUUAGAAACAGGCAGGUAAAUUUGGAGAUGGUCACUCAGCCUUAGAAGCCUUUCCUGGGAUACAUUUCUCGCAGAGUCCGGGUGGCAGAAGCAGAGUCUGGAAGUUAGGUGAGCUAGACACUAAGCAAGAGACUGUGGGUAUCAGUCUUACAGAGGCCAGGUGAUCACUGAUGUAUUGAAAUUAGGCCUUUUAUAUCUCUAAUACAGGUGAUUCUUACAUCUUCAGACAGCUCUUAUCUCUGAACUUCACACUAUGGGUUCAAGAUCUAACAUGGAAGCCUAAACAUACUGAAUUUAAUAUUUGAUGAUACAGAACUGGGGAUAUAGCAAAGGCUGGAGAAACAAGGUUCAGCUUGUUUAUAUUACAGAGAUCAGUCAACCCAGCCAUAGUAUUCCUGUUGUGUCCAUCUGCUGUCCAUACUCUACCCUGCUCAGCCCAAUACCCGCACUACCGCUCUGUCCAUUUAACUAGACCCCAGGCUAAACCAAAAUAUUGGCUGCAAGGGUCCCCCCAAAUUUUGUACCAUCAUCCAUGGUUCUGUAAAAUGUUUUGAUGUUUACAAGCAGCACUACAUGAACUCAUCACAAUAUUAUUAUUUAGACAUAGGUCAUUGGAGCAAAAUUUGGAUUCAAAGCCAAACUUCUUUCAAGUUUGGGAGUGAUCAGGUUAGGGGAUCGGUUUCAGAUCCUAGAAGAUUGAAAGACAUAUCUAGGUCUGAAUGUCCUCUCUGGUGCCACCUCUGAGGCAUCUAUUAAUGGAAUUUGGUGCUAGAGAGAGACAAAGUCCAUUGACCCUCCCACACAAGUCCCUUAUUGCCUUUGUAGGUGGUGGCCAAAGAUUACCUGGGGCAUUUCAGAAGGAUUUAUAUUUGUGUAAGAUAAUCUCUGUUGCCAUCAAAUCUCACUCACCCUCCCGUCAGUAAAGGCUGAUUUUGGAAGGAAACAAACCAAGAAAGUGGGAAGGAAACAAAAUAAAUCUGAACAAACUUAACUUACUUCUUUGAUGUAUGUUACUCUAGCACUGUCUAAACGUGUGCGCAUUGUGUGUUUCACUGUAAAUAAUGUCCAGCGUGGUGCAUUUAAUGGAAUGUUUCAUUUCGAUGUUCUCGCAGCUAACUCUCCACAUGUGAAAUGGCCAGUCUCAUUCCUUUGCUGUCUGUUCUUUCUUUUCCCCCUCUCUCAAACUCCUUUGAUUUGAUCCGUGUCUGACUGUCACUGGAAAAUGGAGCUGUUCCAAUGCAUUUAGUUUUUGUUCUGUCUGUUACAUUAAAAGCUGGAAGAAAAAAACCCAACAGAA